AUGCUUACAUCAUCUGUCGCCCAAGUGCGUUUGCUGAACCGUAUGAGUCUUCGCCAGGUGAUCCGGCGGCUUCUGAGCGCCGCCUCCGUCGUCCCCAGCGUCCAGGAGCUUGUGGCCCAGGCCAAGCCCGAUGCUGGUGGAGUGAUGUCCAUCCUUCAAAGCCGCCAUCUCAUCGAACUGGUCACCAAUGACGAGUUAUUCGACCUCACGGCCACCGACAAAAAAUUCAAGUUAUACUGUGGCGCCGACCCCAGUGCCCCCUCCCUCCACUUGGGUAACUUGUUACCUCUUAUGGUAUUGCUUAACUUCGCCAUCAGAGGCCACUCAGUGGUUGGUCUCGUGGGUGGAGCUACCGGCGCCGUGGGUGACCCUUCAGGAAGAACUAGUGAGCGUCAGGAAAUGGCCGAUGGCACCAGAAUUACCAAUGUCGGCCACAUUGAGAAGCAAAUGACGACGUUCUUUUCCAGAGGUAUCGAGUACGCUAAGCUGAGAAACUUCCCUGUCGAAGAUGCCACUCGGGAAGUGCAAAACAACUAUAACUGGUGGAAAGAUAUUGGGAUGUUGGAGUUUUUAGCCAAGUACGGGCGCCACAUUCGUGUCACCCAAAUGUUAGCUCGUGACUCGAUCUCGUCGCGGUUGAACUCGGCGGAAGGGCUUGGGUUCAAUGAGUUCACCUACCAGAUUUUACAAGCCUACGACUUCUACCACUUGUUCAAAGUUGAGGGAGUUAACAUCCAAGUAGGUGGUAAUGACCAGUGGGGGAACAUCACCGCUGGUGUCGACUUGAUCCUGAGACUUAAGCCUAAUAAGGAUGAUAAGAACGAUGCCUAUGGUGUCACCGUGCCGUUGCUCACUACGCCUCUGGGAGAGAAGUUCGGUAAGUCUGCCGGCAAUGCCGUGUUUAUCGACUCGGAAAUGACCACUCCCUACCAAUUAUACCAGUUCUUCAUUAAUGUCCCCGACGAAAUGGUGCAACGUUUGCUCAGACUGUUCACGCUUUUGCCGAUUGAAGUCAUCGACAAGGUGGUCGAAUCGAGUCAGAAAGACCCUACUCUCCGUAAGGCUCAGCGCGUGUUGGCUCGUGAAGUUGUGGACCUUUUACAUGGCCCUGGCACUGGUGAUGAGAUGGCCUACAUCUCCUCGUUCCUCUUCAACACGCCCGACAUGCCCUUCCAAGACGAAGUGUCUGCUGACAAGUUGAUCAAGGCGUUCGAUAAGCUGGGCAUUUUGCACCACCGCCAGUUCCUGGACUACCCCAACAUUGAUGACUUGAAGUUGAGCACACUCUUAGCCGAUAUCACCGGUAAACUGAAGCGGGAAAUCAAGAACUUGUUGGCUCAAGGUGCUGUGUACGUGGGCACUGACCGCCACCAGGUACAAGACCCCGAUGACAUCAUUUUGUUCGACAAGGAGCGUUUGAUUGACGACAAGUUGUUGUUGGUCCGUUUGGGCAAGAACAACUACUACGUCGUUGAAUGGAAAUAA